AUGUCCUCCAACACAGACAACCAGAUGACAAGGUUUCUCUUCGCCAUCUUGAAACAGAAGAACUUGAAGGAUAUUGACUGGAAUGCCGUCGCCCAUGAUCCGAUACUGGCACAGCCCAUCACCAACGGCCAUGCUGCUCGCAUGAGAUACUCCCGCUUCCGUUCGGCGAUGCUAGGCCUCGAGCCUCAGAAGCGUAACCGCGCCGCCGUGAACAAGAACCGAGUUACCAAGUCGAAGAAGGAGCCGAAGCCGAAAAAGGAAGAGGACGACGACAACGACCGAGUGAAGCCAGAACCCGGGACAGCAGAGUCAGAAUCCCGCGCGAGGUCGCCCGUUAAGGUCAAGCAGGAGCACAACCAACCUCCCUACAGACAGCAGUUCACACCAGCAUCUAUGGCAUCACCUACUGCUCCUGAGUGUCAACCGACUUUCCAACCUCGACUUCUCACACCCUGCAGCGACGACAUGUUUUCAGCACCUCAAAAUCUGCAGUUCAGCCCCUCUGCUAACAUUAUGGGAGCCCACCCUACGUUCGACAUUCCGUCGAUUAUGCCUUGCGCCCACGACCAAGACCAGCAUCACCACGAGCACGAGCACAACUCUUGGGGGUCAAGUCCCAUCUACUCGGCGUUCGACGCCGCAUACGAUAUUGAAGGUUUCGGCAUGGGUGCUAUGUGUGAUCACCAGCACGGUCAGGGGCAUACCACCGAUCUCCACGGGUCACCAACGUUGGCAACCUUGAUGCCUGAACACAUGAACAUCAAGAACGAGCACUGGGAUGCUCAGUUCCACUCCUAA